CUUCAAUACAGCAGACGCGGGAGGGCCUGAAUAAUACAAAAACACUGCCGAACAGCAUACUGACAAAAUGAACAGGCUGUUUGAUACAGCGGCGCCCAGCGUAAUCGAUGAGAAGAUGCUACAAAAAGCAGUUGAGGAACAGGGACCUCAAGGCCAGGCUGGCCGUUUAGCUAAAAAAGAGGGCAUCCAGUAUAAUGAAGUGAUUCAACUGUGCCUGGAAUUGAGAAACAUCUUAAAGAUUGGCCAUUUAUGGGAGUUCACUUCUCUGACCAAGCUUCAGCUAAAUAAUAACAUCAUCGAGAAGAUUCAGGGAUUAGAGAAGCUCACCAACCUGGUGUGGCUGGAUUUGUCCUUCAAUAACAUUGAGGUGAUUGAGGGACUGGACUCACUGGUGAAACUCCAGAACCUGAGUCUGUUCAACAAUCGUAUUUCUGUCAUAGAGAACAUGGACACACUGGAAAACCUGCAGAUUGUCUCGAUUGGUAACAAUUUAAUCUCCCAGCUUGAUAAUGUAAUAUACCUGAGAAAAUUUAAGGAAUUGUACACACUCAAUCUGGCUGGAAAUCCCAUCUGCCAAGAAGAAAACUACAAGAUCUUUGUGGCUGCAUACCUCUCAGAUUUGGUGUACCUUGACUAUCGGCUACUGGAUGAGCAAACUCGAGAGAAGGCCGGCGUGGACUACCAGUAUGCACUUGAGGAGAUGAGACUCAAUGAACUGCAGGAGCAGAAAGAAAUGGAGGCUCAAAAAAUCACUGAGCAAGAGCUUCAGCUGCAUAAGGAUGCAUUUGUUGAGCUCUUGAAUGGGCCACAUCUGUUUGACAGCAUGUUUGCAGAUGAUGCUGACGCACCUAAACUGGCCUGCCUCCCUGGAGUGACUACACUACUCGAUUCAUAUAAGACCCAGCUUGUGGCGUUAUGUAUGCAGAUGUUUGAAGCCGGUUUAACUCAACAUGCACGAAGGCAGAAUGAGGUAGAAUCCUUCUUCUCGUGCUCCAGGGAAGCAGUGGCUGACAAUCAGCAGAAAGCAGCUCAGAUAGCAGCUGACUUUGAGAGGUCGAGGAGACAGGUGAUUGCAGAGAUGCAGAAGGCAACAGACACCAGACUGUUGGAGGCCCAAGCCAGUAAGUACAGUGAUGAGAUCUCCCAGCUGUGUGACACUCUUAUGACUCUGGAGCUGCAGCUGGUGGACCAGUUAGAGGACAUCAUUAAAGACUUUGAGAGGAACAUCUCAGACUUGGUUGGAGGAUUCACAGAAUACAUCCAAGGAAUAUUUGCUCAGUGCCGAGAUCUAGAGAACCACCACCAUGAGAAACUGCUCGAGAUUGCAGUGGCCACGUUAGACAGGGUGGCAAAGAAUGAGCUGGAGGAGGAUUUGCCUGAUGAUGUGCGCAUGCUCUUUGUGGAUAAGGACACAUUGAUCAAUGCUGUCAGUGCUUCUCAUGAUACACACCUGCUGAAGAUUGAUAACAGGGAGGACGAGCUCAUGAUGCGAAUCAACAGCUGGAUGAGUGCACUGAUAAAGUCGAUACAGGAUGAAGAGGUCAAGCGGAAUCGCAAGCGCAUCUCAGAAAUCCAUAACUACGUUGACUAUGUUAAGGACCAGCUGGAGGAGAUCCUUUUGGAAGAGCACCAGUAAAAGGAGAGAAAGGGACUUGCUUUCUAUUCUCAAACAUAU